AAAAAUUCAUCACAGGUAUUAAUAAAAAAAAAAUCAACAAUGUGUGAUUCAAUCGUAUGUGAGCAUCAAGAUGGAUAUGCAAUCUAAUGAGGACACUGGAAAAAACAUUAUUAAUGGUCAUCUGCAGAACACACAACUUGGUAAAGAUAAAACUGUGCAGUUAGAAAAAGAUUUUAAUAAUUGCUCCUCUCGAAGUCUUGACAGACGCAGUUCUAUUGAAAAUUUUGGUUUGAUUGGUCUAUUGACACCUUUACUUGCAUUGGUUCCACAUGUGAAUGGUCGUGAUGCACUUACUACCACAUUAACAAAGUUAAAAGGUGAAAAUAGCAGUUUAAAACUUGCUGCUGCCCACAUUGAGGAUGCUCUUGCUGGACGAGGAAGGUUUGGCAAGGCAAGGGCUUAUUUUAAACCUUUUCUUCCACAGAAAUGUUUUUAUAUUUACUCAAAUAUUUGGUACACCAGAUUAAUAUUAGUGGUGAUUGUUCUUCAUUCAUUGUUAAUCUUUUUUGAGCCACCUUCAAAACAAAUCUUAAGUGUUGGUGCAUGUGUAUAUAUCUUGAAUGCUUUUUGUUUAUUUGUUUUUACAAUUGAUAUUGUGAUUCAUGUGACAUUUCUUUCGUGGCCAAUUUUUUGGUCUAAGAAAGCAGAAGAAAGUUAUUGGAAUGGGGUUCAGUUUGUUCUUGUGUGUAUGUUUCUGGCUGACUUUUUGCUGUUGGCAGUAGGAUAUUUUGUUCAUGAGUAUUUAUAUCCACCAUUCAGAUGCUUCCGAUUAGUUAUGGUGUUGUGUAAGGUUAAGAACAUACGGAAUAUUUUUCAUGUUCUUCUGAAUAUACUAACUAGAAUGUUAAAGAUGCUGGUUAUUAUAUUAGCGUUUAUCGUGGUGUUUGCAUGCAUUGGCAUACAUCAGUACAUGGAGGUGUAUAAUGAAGUAUAUCACCAAGAGGAAAACACACAAAACAGCACUCUCUGUUGUGUUGAUAAAGAAGAAGAAAAUCCAUACAUAGGUGCGUUUGACCAUAUUGUCAUUGCAAUGCUGCGACUACUUGUGUUACUGUCCACUGAAAACUACCCUACAUUUAUGUUACCAGCUUUUCGACAUAAUCAGGCAAACUUCUUCUUCUUUGGAACAUUUGUAUUUGUUGGUGUGUUCUUUCUUACUGCCAUUUUACUUGCCAUUAUCGUGGACAGCUAUUGGUUGGAUGCAAAGAAACACGUGAAAAAAAACAGAGCAAAAGAAAGGGCUGAGUUGGCAAAGGCAUGGAAUUUGAUUGAUCCUUGUGGCUAUGGUGCAGUAGACACGUAUGAUAAAACAUUUCUGACAUUAUUCAGAAAGCUAAAACCUAAGAAUUCGGAUGAGCAGAAUCAAUUUUUAAUUGGUCUGCUAGACAGUAAUCAAGACGGUUAUAUUGAUUCUUUCGAGUGGACAACAUUAUUACGUCAAGCAUUGGAAGCUGAAUUUGAAGAAAACAAUGACGAAUUCAGAAUAAAUAGAACAAAAGAUCUAAAUUCAUAUGAAAACAUUCAAGAAAAAGCAAAAGCAAUCAUAGAGAGUGAAGUUUUUUCAAGGUCGAUACUGAUACUGAUAUUUUUGCAUGUCUGUUUGUUUACGAUGAAAUGGAAAGGUCAAAAUGAAAUCACGGCGUUGGUUGUACAAGGGUUUCGCAGUUUUAUUGUUUUAUUGUUUAUGAUGGAAUCUCUAUUAAAAAUAAUUGGAUUUAGAAAGAGCUUAUUUAAACAACUUGAACUCUUAGAUGUGACAUUGGUUCUUCUGGCUACUAUUUUUAAUAUCUUGUGUUAUGCUUACCUGGGCACAUCAACUUAUAAUCUGUUCACAGUACUGUCAAGUUUGUGUAUAUUUAUGAGGUUGUUUUUAAACUCAGCAAAAACGAGAUACGCAUUGCGUUGGUUUCUGAAUAUCGCACCCGUCAUGAUUGAUUUGAUGGUCCUGCUUAUAAUUAGCAUAUACUUGCUUGCAGUUAUUGGUAUGGAGUUAUUUCAAGGAUAUCCCGUACCAACCAACACUAAAGACAACGUCUACUUUAAUUUCUGCGGCAUAGGAUUUGAUACUUUCGCAUGCUCGUUGUUGAUGCUCUUUCAAAUGUUGAGUACAAGUAAUUGGCAUGACGUUAUGAAUAUGGUCCAUAAAAGCACGGGUCGUGGUUGGACUGUUGCUUAUUUUGUUUCUGUUUACAUCGUUAUUACCAUGGUAAUCAUGAACUUGUUCGUUGCUAUUGCAAUUGAGGCAGCCAAUAAACUUGGUCGUUCCACUAAUGACUUCCAGCAACAAAAACACGAGGCUAAGUACCAGAAAAAAUCAUUAAAAAAAAAAGCCGCUACUGUUCUUCACACGUUUGCAAAUAGUUUCUUUGGUACUGCAAGGACUGAAGAUAUCUCACAAAGAAACGAACUAACUCAAGCAAUGACCGGAGUGAAGAGGAAACGCGUGUCGACCGCGUUUAUUGUGAGACAACCAAACAGCGCGUCAAAAAAGAAAAUUUCUGUAGUUCAAUUUCAGAAUCCUGUGCUGGCUACAUUACAAGACGAGCAAUACCAAGAAAAGAUAAAAGAAGAAACACACAGUGUUGCAUCAGAAGUCGAUCUGGAAGGAGUCCCAAAACUUACCGCUCAAGAAAAGCGCAAACAAAACAUUAUAAAUCGAAUGAAAAAGCGGAAAAAACAACAUAAGAAAAGGCGUGUGGAGGAGGAGAUUGAAAUUGUGAAAGAAGUCGAGCAGGAGAAGAAAGAGGCAGAACUCAACAGAAGUAUAGCACGGGCGAACACGAAAGCUCAGUGUCGUGUUGUUGCUGCUUUUAAAGCCACGCAUGCGAGACAGUUAGGCGUCAAUGUGGGUGAUACAGUGAACAUACUAGAGGAUGUUGAUGACUGGAUACAUGGGGAGUUGGAUGGAAGAAUAGGAUGGAUUCCAGCAUCUCAUGUGAUAAUCAUGCGCAAACAGGAAUCAAGUCUGACAUCAUUAAACAGAAAUCCUAUCAUUAUUCCAAGCUUCGAUCUACCACCAAAAGAGUUAACUCGCCAACUAAGUAACUACUCGGACACUCCAUAUAACAGCAAUCCCAAGCAUCGUAUCAAAUUGAAGAGAGCAGGAGAUUGGACACGUGAUAUUCUUGGUGACAUCACUGUUAUGAAUGCUGAAGAGAUGAGAGAAUUAAACAAAGUCAUGCGAGCUGACAUUAGAGCUCCUUCAUACAGACGGAAGGUUCCAACAAAAGAACAAAGGGACUACAGUGCAGUUUUUGAAGAGACCGUAUUCAGUGAAACAGCAUCCAAAAACCAUUGGCAGCCAGUACAAUUGGCCGAAAAAAGACAUGGUGAAUCAAGUAGUUCACUGGAUGGAAAGGAAAAGUUUUCAAAUUUACAGCUUAAAGUAUCAGUUGACCCUGUUGCUACCCCGUCGCCACCAGACUCUCCAAUACGCAAAGAAGACACAGUGGAGAGACUUCGGCCCUCGAAUUUACCCAAGUUGCCGGUAAAACUGAACAAGAGCAGCACACCACCUGAGUGGAUAAAGAAAUUCGCUUUAUCUAACAAUGUAUUAAUCGACAACGAUGCAAAAAUAGGGGAGCCUAAUAACCCGGAACAUCGACCGUCGAGCUAUUCAAGCGUCACAUCGGUUGCACUAGCUAGUGUAUCAAAAGAAAGAGAUAGUGUUAGCAUACAAGCGCAAGUGAGUUUGAAAAGAAAAAGAAAUUCAGCGACUCGUCGUUCAGUCCUAGCAAAUGCGUGUAACCUACGAAAACGUAGUUCCCCAACUGUUUCGCCUGAAAAAGAAGCCCGUGAAGAAUCAUCCACAGUAGAACGAAGUUCGGUGGAUGUAUCUUGUGAACAACGGGCGUGCAAUGAUGUGCAAUUGACGGCAAAAAUAUGGGGUGAUUUGAGCACAUUGAAAAUGCCGCCUACUAACAAUGCGAUGAAGGAGGAAGAGAUGAGGAGAAUACUUGUCAGCAAGCAAUACGAACAGCAGAAUGUCAACAAUGUCACGGCGGAUUCACAGAAUAUCACCAUUCUAUCUGUUACCAGCAAUGAUCUGGUUUGAGCGUUGGCUUUUGUUUCUACUCUACUAGGUUUGUUAUUAGACAUGCGCAGUGCGGACAGUUUAAUUUUACUGUAUUGUGAGUAAUAUAGGAGUUUCAAGCGUGAAGUUUAAAUUCACGCAAUCCGAAAAUAUUCCUUCGCGCACAAGGAGAUGUCGUACUAUAAAUUUAUUUUCUGUGUAGCAGUUUUUAAAUAAUCUUUAAAAAAAACAUUAACGCUUCCCUAUAUAAGAUAUCAGUUUAUAAAAAGUUAAAAAGAAUACUGUAUUCCCGUAAUAAGCGCCCGCUAAUAAACAUCCCCAUCAAUAAGCGCCCUUAUUAGAGGAAAUAUGGUGGUUAGGAACUUUGGAACAUAAAAGUAAAAAUUUUGUUUAAGAAACUUUAUAAAUUUCAACCGACAAAAUUUUUAAUUUUUAAUUUUUUAAAAACACCAAAAAUCAGUCGUAAUGCAUAUUGUAGUUUUAUUUAAGACUUUGAUAAAUUUCGCGAUUCGAAAAAAGGUUGAAUUUGUUGAUUUAAAUAUUUUCUCGCGUGGCUACGUUCGAGAAUUUAUGGCGUAAAAAUCAUUUAUGUAAAUAUUAGAUGAUUUUAGAUAUAUAUUUAUAAACAGAUAUUUUUGUGAAGCAUAUUUUUAUUUAUUUUACCGUGAUUUUUAAUGAGAUGUAUAUUUUAAGUAAUAUAUACAUAUUUUAUAGUUGCUA